UUGUGUAUGAUCGUAUUUUUCAGAUUUAAACAGUAAAAAACAUAUUUCCAUGGCUAAAGCUGCGCGGUUGAAGAAGGAGCUGGAGCAGUUAGAGGUGUCUCCACCACCUGGAGCAUCUUGUUGGAUAGUUCAGGACACCAUCGACUCCCUAGAAGGAAUUAUCCUCGGCCCGACAGGUUCUCCCUUCCAGGGGGGGACCUUUAAGUUUAAAAUCAAUAUCCCGGAUCGUUAUCCUUUUGAGCCUCCUAAAGUUGAGUUUGUCACCCCUGUUUACCAUCCUAAUAUAGACGGACAGGGAAGAAUAUGCCUGGAUAUAUUAAAGAUGCCUCCAGCAGGGGACUGGAGACCAUCUAUUAACCUUUACAGUGUUCUAACCAGUCUUCAGCUUCUCCUGAGUGAACCCAACCCAAGGGAUCCACUUAUGGCGGAUAUUGCGCGUCAAUAUCAAUUUGAUACACAGAAAUACGAGGAAACUGCUAGAAAUUGGACUCACAAAUACGCAGUAAGUGAAGGAAAGGAAAACGUGUCCAAGUUGGCCAGCAAACGUAAGAGUGAUGGAGAGCAAUGCAAUGCCAUGGAUAUAAAGAAAAACAAGCUUUAAGAUGAAACUGUCUCUGGCUUGAAUCUUUAUAAAUAUACCUUGUACAAUGCGAAAAACUAGUGCAUUUGGCUACAUUCAAAACCUACAAUUCACAGGGUUACUCGCUAAGGAUGUGGCUCGAAAGACGACUAAACCCCAAUGUAAACUUGUAUUUUCUAUUGAAGAUCAAUCUACCAUAUAAGUAUAUAAUUAUAAAAGAAAUUCAAAUUCAACCUUCAGAUUAUUUUAUGUAUUAUGGAUCAUGUCGUUAGUAAAGUUUCAUCUUAUAAUAUUUAUUUAGUAAAUACAAAGUUGUAUCAAGCCAACUUAUCCUAGGAGAGGACUGAUAUUUGAAAAACAAUCAUUUAAGAAAACAUUCUGGUGAAUAAAUAUUAUUUUAUAUAAA